AUGAGAAGGUAUAGCAUAAAACUGCUACGCUGGGAAUCUGCGAAAGCAGAUGGAAUGGAAGUGGACUCGCUCAACUGUCAACUGCAGAGUCAAUAAUCUACUCCAAUAUUGUCACCCAGACAACAACCACAAGCACACUCACUCAGAAAAAGAAUAUCAUGAUGUCCCCAACACCAUCGAAGGAUCUCAUGUAGUGGGAACCAAUCUCCUCCUGCAGGAUCAUAACACCAACGUUCAACUCACAAUGAAGGAAAGCCACAAUCAUACAAUGCUACGCCACGCACCAACAAAUAAUGCAGAUGAAGAGAGGGAGGAGAAAUUCUACAGACAGCUGCAAUCAACACUGAACAAGACCCCACCCCAGUAGGCGACAUCAUAAUCCAUUCUAAUGCGUGGGGUGACAUCAAUCCAAAACUCGGAGUGGACAACACACGAACAGAACUCAUCAUCAUGGGUCGAGAAGCACUCAGUGAAAUGAAUAGGAAUGGAGAACCGCUUGCAGAUUUCUGCGCAUUCAACGGUUCGGUGAUUGGAGGUGAGGCAGUGAGUACAAACACAAGGAUAUCCAC